CACAAGCACGUAACACACUGUAUAUCCGGAAAAGAAAACAACACGCACUACGCCACCGACGCGAAGAACCGGUGGGGCACAACACAACAACGCAGCAUUCGAGAUAUUCACUUCGUUCUUGACGCUGCUGUCGUACGGUUCGUUUUUCCCCGUACGAGCGUACGUGUUUGUGUGCCUUGCCGUUGCAAAGAGAGAGAGAGAGCGAGCGCGAGCGAAUGAAGAGAAAUAUACGCGUUUAUUUUGACAGUUGACUUUAUGCUGCCGUUCGAAGUGUGGUGCGUACCGUCCCAAGCAAGCUAUGCUGAGAGAGCGAGAAAAAUAGGCAACGGUACAGUAUAUCGACGCGGUGAGAGAGUGCGAAGAUAUAUCGAACAGGGUAAAAACAUCAGAGCGCCAAACGAGUCGGUGGUGGUGUGUUGGUUUUUUUGUUGUUUGCGCCGUAUGAUAUGCUAUAAGUGCGCUGUGUCGUCUGGGAUUGCUCGUUGGUGUAGCGCGAAAAGUGUGACUUUUUGAAUUGAUUUUUCACCACAAAUUCUUAACCUUUACGAUUGGGUAAGUGGUCCAGCACGGUGAUAGUGAAGAAAAUUGUGCCUACAUGUGAUCAAUUCCACGCUUACAUAAACGGAAAGCAUUAGAAAUAGUGAUAAAAGCGGAAAAAAAUCUCCCAUUUGUUAUGUGUGUUGGGUUUGACGGUGGUGUGUAACCCACAGCAGACGCACACGGUAUCCCCGUAUCGGAUGUGUUACCAUAAUCGGUAAAUGAAGAAAAGUAAACGAUUGGCGCACUCGUAACAUAAAAAAAGGGGCAGAAAUAGAAGCAGAAAGCACACAGCAUGGCUGCACAGCAUCAUGCCCAUGGUGCAGAGAUGCAAUUGCUGAACCAGCUUGCUGGUGUGCGUGUGUGUGUGUGUGUUUACUAGUGGUUAAGGGACAACAAUAACAACAACAAAAAAGGCCCCCCAAAAAAUUAAUCAAACACCGUUCGGUCGAACAGAGUGUGGGGUGUUUCCCCCCGUUGUGUGACACAGCCGACGCGUUUGUUCUGCUGGUUUUUUGGUGGUGUGUUGGUGCGCGCACAGGCGCGCUUAGCGUGGGCGUACGGUAGUGUGGGAGUGUGGUGUGUUUUGAUCUCGUGUUGCGUGGUGUGCCGCAACCAUAAACCAGCGUCCGACGGAGCAAAACGAGAUAAAGAGAAAGCAUCGUCUGCGUGCGAGACUGUUGGGUUCCCCGUAGAAUGACAAACGUCGGAUGCAUAUGGAAUCGUGAAGCAACAAAACAAAACCCCAUUUUAUCCCAUUUUAGCUUGCGCGCGCGAGAGAGAGAGAGCGAGAGGAAGGAAAGUGCGUAGAGAACCGUCUGCAAAGGAGCGCGCUGUGGCGUAAUAGCUCGGGACGCACGCAGUUUCCACGGUCCGGGAGUUUUCCGGGAAACGGAGACGGAUCUUCACGCGUGGAAGAACACACCAGGAUAGGCGAUAGCGCAAACAGGGAUAGUUUCCAAUUACCAUCCUGAUGCCUACGGAUGUACGGAGGAAAAGUGUUUGAAUAUUUCAUUUAUGUAAGCACGUUUCCCAAACAGUUGGAGGAAGAACAACAUUCACACAGAACAUAAAUGUAUCUCUGUUGAAUUGGCCUACUUAGUUGUGCGCUAAAUAAAACAGCUGACAGCGAACGAUAAGAAAUUAUACCUUUCCCUACUAUAUUGUGCAAUGGAUUCCUUUUUUAAUGACAAAGGACGACAGACUUAUCCUUCUGUCCGGUGGAUUAAAAAGUCUUUACAGUGACAGAAAUUGGUAAAGAAAGUGAAAUCUGGGUGUGCGAAAAUUGUGAAACUUGUGUUUCGGUUAAGUAAUGCAUGAAGAAGCAAGGUGAAAUGAAGUACUGCGCGUGUGUGUUUGUCCGAUGGAUGUUGCAGUGUGUGAUGCAAAUUGUCAAAUCUCGGUCCAUUCCGAUGACCUAAACAUAGUUGUGUGCCGAUGUUUGUUUUUAUGCGAUAAACGAUAUGUACUGCUUUUCACGCAACGAAAUCACCGUCUGUGAGGUAGAACGAUUGUAAAACAAAGAGAAAUUGUGUGAGCAAGAGAGGGAGAGAUCAAAUCGUUAAGAAAAGUCUACCUCACCGUGUGUCGGUGAAUUGAUACGUGCAGCAGAGCUGGUGAGGAUCACGCGAUCCGCCCCCCCCGUACACGUCGGUAGCAGGGAAGCUACAUAUAUACACGGGAGGAAAAACGGAACGGUGGUAAAGUAAAAAUAAAAAUGCUCCGAUUAAUUGCCACCAUCCUUGCCGUUGGCAUUUGCCUGUCGCUGUGUCGGUACGGUCGAGCAUUUGUCGCGGCAGACGAUGGCGAGGAUGACACCAACUUUUGCAACUUUGGUCAGAGACAUUGCCCCUGCCUGGGAAAUGCCAUCGAUUGCUCGAAGAAGAACCUGAAGACGCUGUUCCCGAUGCCGCGCUGGGUGGAUAAUCUUGAUCUGGCAUCCAACCAUUUGAGCCACGAAACAAUUUCGGCGCAAUUAGCUGACCUUCGCAAGCUGCAAGAGUUAAACAUAAACAACAAUCGUUUGCAACGUUUGCCGAUUUUGAGGGGCGUUAGAAAUCUUACAAAGCUGUAUGUGAGCAACAAUGAAAUCGAAACUAUCGAUAUGGAAGCGUUGGCGGGGCUGCCAUCGUUGAAGUUUCUCGAUCUAUCGCGUAACGCUAUACAGGAGGUUCUGUACAGCUCGUUUCCGGUGAAGAACAAUCUACAGUAUUUGAACUUGAACUUCAACAAACUGAGUACGCUUACUAAAGGUACAUUUGAUCGAUUGCAAUCGUUGAAAAGGCUAGAAAUUAGCAGCAAUGGGUUAGAGGAAGUGCAAAGUCUAACCUUUCAGAAUUUAAAUCAACUUAAAAGUCUCAAGCUCAACAACAAUCGCAUUCCAGCGUUAAUGGCUGGCGUAUUUCAUGGACUGUUAGCGAUAGCGAUCCUUGAGCUGAAUAACAACAGCAUCACUACUAUACGGAAGGGCGGAUUCUUUAAUCUGACCAGUCUUACCAACCUAGGUUUGGCACAUAAUCGGAUACUUGAAAUCGAACAGUCCGGAUGGGAAUUUACACCGAAACUGAUCAGUUUGGAUCUUUCGUACAACCAGCUGGAAUCGCUCGAUCGUUACACAUUUGAGGAAUUAUCGGUUUUGCAAACGUUGAAUUUGCAAGGCAAUCGUAUAUCUGCGAUCGGUGAAGGAACGUUCAAUGAAACGAGAUCGUUAAAAACACUGUAUCUGAACGGAAAUCGCAUCUCGUGGACGAUCGAGGAUAUGCGAGGACCAUUUAUGGGAUUAAGCGAAUUAGAACGGCUGUAUUUGAAUGCAAACGAGAUAAAGUCAGUCAGUAGAAAUGCCUUUCUGGGACUGAAUUCGUUAACAUUGUUGGAGAUGAGUCAAAAUAACAUCUCAUCAAUACAGAUCAACGCGUUCAAGGAUACGCCACGGUUAAAGAACUUAAUUAUGAACUCGACUAACUUAAUAUGCGAUUGUAAGCUGGAGUGGUUUUACCACUGGAUUAAAGAACGGAAGGAGGUGUUUCAAAUUGAUGCCGAAUGUAUCUACCCGAUUUGGUUACGAAAUCGAUUAAUUCGUGAACUACAUCCUAGUAACUUUUCAUGCUAUGAUUCCCCUAAACCUCAUCUGAUCGAUGAACCCAAAUCUCAAAUCGGUAUCCGGGGCACUAACGUUUCGCUUGUGUGCACAGCCACAUCGAUAGCUGCCGACCCAAUGACGUUCAAGUGGAAGCAGGACAACCUAGAACUUCCUGCCGACCAGUAUACGAUCCAUCAGAUAAAUAAUGAAAAUGGUACGAUUGGUACGACGGAGUUGAUUAUACCCAACAUACAGCAAUCUGGUGCCGGCAAAUACCAAUGCAUAAUAACCAACAGCUUCGGUGUGGUGUACUCGCCCAAAGUGAAAAUAACCGUUGGUACGUAUCCCAGGUUUCGCAAGACGCCGUCGGACAUUAGUGUGGAGCCGGGAAAGGUGGCCCGGUUAGAUUGUGCGGCAAUGGGCGAACCAAAGCCACAGAUAUCUUGGGAGAAAGAUGGUGGAAAUGAUUUUCCUGCUGCUAAGGAACGACGUAUGCACGUUAUACCGAAUGAAGGUGCUUUUCUCAUUUUAAAUGUUCAACUUGUCGACAUGGGAGUGUACAGCUGUACGGCAGAAAAUCCAGCUGGAAUUAUUCGGGCCAACGCAUCGGUUGUAGUGCUAGAGAACCAAAAAGGAAGUCGAUCCGUAACGAACCUAGAGAUUGCAAUUGGGAAAGCCAGCGUGCUGGAGUGCAAGGUAGCUGCUACGCCAAAACCCGUCAUAUUUUGGUUGAAAGAUGGUGAGCCAAUCGGUUUGACGGAACGUCAUUUCAUUACGGGCGAAGGUCAACUGCUUGUAAUCGUCGAUACGGAAAUGACCGAUGCUGGAUUAUAUGAAUGCCGUUUUGAGAACGAUUUUACUACAGAGAGUGGGUCGACUCGAUUGAUUGUCAUUGAUGGUCCGGAAGAUAUGCAUGGUUCUGUUUUAAGCGAUGUAGGCACUGUGUAUGGUACGGAGGUAGAGGAAGAAAUGCAGUUACAUGCAAACAUUUUCAACUCUUGGUUGACGAUCGUGAUCGCACUCAUUGCUUGCGUGUUGCUAACGUCGUUCGUUUGGAUUAUUUGUAUGUAUCGUAUGCAGAAACGGAUACGUAGCUCAGUUGGUGGAUGUCCAGGAGAAACAGAACUGGACCUUGCCACCGGCAUGGAGAUAAAUCAGCCAAAUUUAAUUGUACGCAGCGGUGUUGGCACCUCUACCACUCCUGCUGGCUAUUUCGAAUAUUUGAUUCCUAUGGUACGCAGCAGCGAGGUAACGAGCAACGUAGACGAUGACGGUGAGAGUGCCGACGGUGGUACGAUUGGGCGUGAACACACCGGAUUCUAUACGGCGGUUUCAAAAACGAAUGUUCGUUCGACGGAGCUGGAUUCAGACGAUUUAGACGAUGAUCUUUCUUCAAAGGAUUCUGGGACUGGUGGUGAUUGUGCAUCUGCUACCGGCUCGACAAAUGCUGCACAUCGGGGUAGUCAAGAAGAUUUGAAGUGUUUGUUAAAUUCGCUCAAUCGAAAACACACCAGCGAUCAGGAACUUCAUCACCAUAAACCGUACCAGCUGUCGAGGCGAUCCGAUGCAAUAAUUUUAUCAUCACCACAAAAUUCACAUGAUCCUGAUGAUGAUCCACGAUUAGAGCCUCCACCACCAAUACCGCCGGUAAAUGCAACAAAUGCUGUACUGAUUGUUGAUGCUGCUGCUAGUAAACCAACUGUUGCUGAUUCGGUACACCGGGACGAUCGUAUUCCGGCCCAUGCUGCUCACAUAGCAACUCGUAUGCCAAAUUCACAAACGUUUCCGGUGUUCAUGCAGCCCACGAGUUCAGUGACGGAAUCGACGUUACGGACGUCUUCGUUGGAAGCUUCUGCAGAUCCCGUCCUUCCACCGAAGAAGAUGCAACCGGCUCCGCAGCAGCAGAUACAGGUCAAUCAGUUGUAUCAAUUGCUGUUGGAAAACCCCCGAUUAAUGGAAAAACCGGCCAAAUAUAGAACCAAAUCGACGGAUCAAUGCCCUGACAAGGACGUUCGUCCUACCUCUGCCAGCAGUGGCAUCGGUACGGGAAGUAGCAAUGGAAGUACGAUGAAUGGUGAGUUUCCCAGUGAGCAACGUCAGUUAUCGACGAGGGCGGCGACAGACGCUUGGCGAAAAGUGAACAGGUAGAGUUUCAAACCCUACAAUCAACGUUUAACCUUCAACAAUGAGCACCUUAAGAUCCAAGAUUUUUUUUUCUACGAUGAACAAUUCUGUGACAGCAGCUGGUCUGCUUGUAUGUAAGAAAUAUUAAUAUUUAUUGUACGAUUACUAUUUCAACUCUCACUUGGUAGAUAACGUUACGCUCCUACUUAAAAGAUUACUGCUCAAAAUUUAACUGUCUAAAAGAAAAAAAAUAUUAACAUAGAAUCGAAUACGGUGAUCGUCGCGAACUGCACAACGUUCAACAAGCCUUAUAAUUUAUUACAUCCCUAAGGGUGCCUUCCGUUCAUUCCAAACAUCGGUUAGGAAAUGUUGCUUAAAAACGUGUUGUAAGAUUUACAACAACAAUUUCAGUACACAUAAGCAGUUUAUUUGAUAAUUGCGUAGCAGCUAACGAUUGCAAACAAAUAAUCGAUUGUUCCUUUAACUACAUAAUAAUAUUAAUAACAUUAAUUUUCUACGAUAGUAAUGAUUCAAUGAAGCUUUCGUGUGCUUAUUAGUCAAAUUUUCGUAAGAGUGUAUUUAGCGUGUGACAAAUUAACAGCACAUGGUGAAACUUCUUGUGGUGUAGAAGUGUAAGUUCCUUCAAUAUUAAUCGUGACAAUUCCUCUCGGCAUAACUAGCACUGUGUAUGACAAAAAUAUAACAAUGACAAAGAAAAAACAAAUUGAAUCACGGAAACAUCAAUAGAGACUGGUAUAGUAAAAAGAAGCUGGUUCAAUUGCUUGGUCCAUCUAAUUUGCAUUAUAGUUUGCCAAGUAAUGCCUUAAGAAAACAAUUAUUUUUUUAAUGUACACUAAAUGUUUGCAAAAAAAAACUUUAUUUACAUUGAUAUGGAGCAGUUUUUUAGCGAUUUCAAUUCGCUCGUAACAGUGCCUGAAACUACGUUAAAAAAAACAACACGAAAAGUGCCACAAAAGACAACUUUAUGCUGUUUGAUAGGUUAUAAGCAUAGCAAAAUGGGAGGAAAUUUUCAAAACUUACAAAAUGAUUUAAAAUCAAUAUUUCAACGCACUGUUAACAGAUAACAGCACACCCACUUUUUGUUGGAUUUUGUACAUGCUUUGAACUUAAAAAUUAAUAUGCACGUGUCUUAAAAUGCGAUAUAAAUUAUGUAUGACUUCAACCAGUGGAAUAGUUUAACAACAAAUAGCACUGAUGAUGAUGAUGAUAUAAUACAAUGCAGAUCGGUAAGAAGGUACACUAUAGUACGAUGUAUCUUAUUGCCAAUUGUGAUUGUAAAAUGGUGUUAAACUAAUAAUAAUAAGCAAAUGACUGUAUGUCCUU